AGCUUUGGCUCAAAGAGGGCCUCGGGCCCGACCCAGGGGGUCAUGUCGUCCCUGCGGUUGCGGUCGCGGUCCAAGGGGAGACGAAGAUCGCCCUCACGCGGCAAGAGGAAACCUGAGAGGGCCAGAAGGAGGAGAAGCGGCAGUCCCAGCUCGAAGAGCAGGAGCCCAAAGAAGAAAUCUGGUGGAAGUGGCUUUGAUGUCAAGGUCAUGCCAGAAGAUCUGGAACGAGUGCAGGCGCUUGCCAGGCAGUACAAUCACAACAAGUCGGUUGCGCAGGCCGUGGCGUUGCAUCUCGAGCAGACGAAGAACCAGCAGCCCCCCAACCCGGAGGUGGAGAACUUCCUCGCGCAGUAUCCACAGAUCCAGGCACAUGCCGCGGCCCGACUGCGGGCGCUACCCAAAGAAGCACAGACCAACGUUCUUAUGCGUGGUGGCUUGGGUAGUGCUCGCGAUCCGACUGCCAUGCUGCUCGGGAGGAUACGGCAAGUGGACCCCUUCAACACCACGUGGGUUCCGCAUACGCCUGGCAUGCAGCCCUUCCCAGCCCAAGCUCAGAUGUCAAAUCCGCCGCCAGCGGCGGCGAAAGCGACAGAGCCGCCGGAGGAGAAGGUGAAGGAGAAGGAGAAGGAGCCAGUGGAUCCGCGGGAGUAUGAUGCGCUGACGGCUCUUGCGGAAGGAGAGCUGUUGCACUUUGCGGCAUCGAAGGGGAAAGACGGAAAAGCCGGAGACUCCAAGAAGCCGGUGUUGUCGGACUGGAGAAGAGCCCGGCCUCAUCCGGGGGAAGAAGUUGCAGCUUCGGGCAAGGGCCAGGAGAUGCCUCCGGCAUUCCCCGGCUUCCCGGAGCUGCGCCAAAGUCCUCCGGCUCCGAGCGGAAGUGUGGGCGGUGCAAAGAUUCCGCCGCCCGCGCCAGGCCUAGGUGUUGCAAAGACGAAGUCAGCUCCGCCUUUGCCACCAGGAGCACCUGGCUUAAGUCCUUUGGCUCCAGGGCCACCUAUGGGCCUGCUCCCACCAGGUGCGCCGAUGGCGAGUUUGCCGCCACGGCCACCGGCGCCGCCCUUGGCGCUGAGCGCUCCCAGCUUCCCGCCGCUGCCGGCUCUGCCGUCGGUGCCGACGCCGGCGCCGGCGCCUCCAGCGGCCCCGGUGCUGUCGGCUCCGGCGGCGACGGCGCCCACGGCGCCGACGGCAGCGACGAGUUCAGCCCCAGGCUUGGCAUCGACGGCACCCGCGUUGAUGCUUUCUCCGGAGCUGGAAAGCAAGCGAAGCAAUGUGCAGUCAUCCUUGGCCAGCUUGGCUGCAUCUCUUCUGCCAAAGGAGGUGGCGGGCCUCUUCGACCCUGCGCUGGGCAAGGGCGGCCCAAAGGCGGACGGCGCCACGGAAGGCGCAGGCGCCUCGAGCGCUGCGGGAGCGUCACUUGGCGCCCCCGGGUCGCUUGGCGUCCUGGGGCCAGGGCCGGCGCCGUCGCUGGCGCCGUCGCUGGCGUCGCUCGCGGGCCCCGCGGGCCCCGCGGGCCCCGCGGGCCCCGCCCCCUCGCCGGUGGAGCCUGUGGCACCGCCCGCAGAAGAUCUUACGCCGGAGCAGCGGGCCGUCCUCGCUCAGCUCCGUGCAAAGCAAGAAGAAAGAGAAAACAAGGAGGCAGAGGAGAAAGCUCAAAAGCAGCAAGCGGAGCAGCAGGCUGCAGCGGCAGAGACGGCGUACCAGAAUUUCUGGGUUCAGCGGCAAAUGGCUUCGUUGAUGUCUCUGUAUCAGCAAGGUCAUGCUAUCCAGCAGGAAAGAAAAACCACCACGGCGGCGACCACGGCUGGCAGUCAGGCCGAUUACUGGGAAGGUGAUUGGAGAUGUGCCAAGUGCGGGGAUCAUCAAUUUGCCCGGAAUCGGGAGUGCAGGAAUUGUGGAGCAGCGCGGACGCAGCCAUGAGGGGCUGAGCCUCCGCGCUUUCGUGAGGUCGAGAUCUCACUGAGCGGACUGAAGCGGUCUCAGCCAUAAGCCCAUGGGGUGGUUCCCACCAAAAAUGUUUGUUGAGCUCCAGGCGAAGUACGGUUGGUUUCCUGCCAGCACCAAGGACCUGGUGCUUAUUUGAUCU